AAUCGGCCCAGUUAUUUAUCUACGUUGUCACCUCUCUCGCUGAUUACUUUUAUAUCUCAAUUCAUAAUUUAUCACCUGUUCUUCAUCACAUCACAAACCCUAGAAAUAUAUACAGAAAUACAAAUAAGAAGUUUCAUAUCUAUUACCCAAUCUCACAUACAUAGGAAUUAUCUCCGCCCUACGCACCAAAUUACCAAUUUGAUUUCUAAACUAUAGUGUUUUCGUUUUUGAGUCUAGAAACCCUAGAUUUAUCCCUUUUCUAUUCUACACGUUUGUUUAAGCAUUCGAUUCAGGAUUCCGAAGCAAUGGAUGACAGCUGCGCCGUUUGUGCCGAAAGCUUGGAGUGGGUGGCAUACGGUGCUUGCGGCCACAAGGAUGUUUGCUCCACCUGUGUUGCUCGCCUCCGAUUCAUCUGCGACGAUCGUCGCUGCUGUAUUUGCAAGACCGAAUCCCAUGUCGUUUUUGUCACCAAGGCUAUGGGAGAUUAUACCAAGACAAUCAGUGACUUUUCGUUAUUUCCUUCUGAAGUAAAAGAGGGCAAAGUGGGACAUUACUGGUAUCAUGAAGAUACACAGACAUUCUUUGAUGAUUCGGAUCACUACAGGAUGAUCAAAGCCAUGUGUAGGCUUUCUUGCAGCGUGUGUGAUAAAAUGGAAGACCAUCCAGAUGAUGGUUCCAGGAGAAGGGUAAAGUUUAAGAACAUUGAACAGCUAAAGGGUCAUUUAUUCCACAAGCAUAAGUUGUUCAUGUGCAGCUUGUGCUUGGAAGGAAGAAAGGUUUUCAUAUGUGAGCAAAAGUUGUAUACGAGAUCACAGCUGACUCAGCAUACAAACUCGGGUGACUCACAGGUGGAUGGAACUGAAAGUGAGAGUGGAUUCGCCGGACAUCCCAUGUGUGAAUUCUGCCGAACACCAUUUUAUGGGGAUAAUGAGCUCUAUAUGCAUAUGUCCACCGAACAUUAUACCUGCCAUAUUUGUCAAAGGCAGCACCCAGGACAAUACGAGUACUACAAGAAUUAUGAUGACUUGGAGAUCCAUUUCCGUGGAAGUCAUUUCCUUUGUGAGGAUGACAGUUGUCUUGCAAAAAAGUUUAUUGUCUUCACAUCUGAAGGUGAAUUGAAGAGGCACAAUGCUUUGGAACAUGGAGGGCAAAUGUCUCGUUUACAGCGUAAUGCUGCUCUUCAGAUACCCACCAGUUUUCGAUACAGAAGAACCAGUGAACAAGAUAACCGCCGUGGAAGAGGGCGUUCAUUUCGGCGCGAUCCUUCGGAUAAUGAACUUUCUUUGGCAAUCCAAGCAAGCCUCGAGACUGCAAGUGCUGCCACAUCAUCUAGUACUAGGGCUAGUAACCAAGAAAUUACUGAUGUUGAGUCACGUACUCCACAACUUGAAUCUGUAGCUACCACAGACUCUGACACGCCUUCAAGAUACCUACAAGCCUUGUCUCUAAGUUCUGGAGGUGGAACACUGAGAGAAUCUGCUUUUCCUCCUUUGCCAGUGGGUUCUGGAAGCAACCAACAGAAUUCUCAUCCUGAUCUUCCUAAGAAAACUAUGGCAUCACAUCUCCGCCGCCAGAGCAAUAGAAAGGUGAAGCCCUCGAGUUCAGCUCCUGGUUGGCCCGCCGCUAAUCGAGCACCUGUGCAGCCAGUGGGCAGUCCUCAUGAUUGGCCUUCAAUAAAUGCUACUUCUGGGUCAGGGUCUAGUUCUGGACAGAGCAGAUCGUUGGCAGAUAUAGGAUCUGCAUCGUCUAGUUUUUCAACUUCUGCCCAGGCUCGCCCACAAUCACUUGCUACUUCAUCAUUUGCCAAUUCUUUAAUUUCCUCAAGGGCUUCCGGAAGCGUGAGUCGGAUCAGUCACUCCUCAUCAGCCCCCAAUCUUUCUGAACGAGAAUCGCUCACAUCUUCAAGUAGUGAUUUUCCUCCAGUUUCAGCUGCACAUGCACGCAAGUCGCCCACCCCCACGCCCACGCCUACGCCCACGCCCAACGCUAACCAAGCUGUUCGGAAAGUGGAAGAUGUUCAUACAGCAAACAAAUCUCUGGUAGAGAAAAUGCGUGGUGCUCUAGGAUUUGAUCAAGACAAAUUUACAGCUUUUAGGGACAUUUCUGGUGAAUACCGCCUAGGUUCAAUUGACGCGGAGACCUAUCUUACAUAUGUGGAGCAGUUUGGUUUGUCUCACCUUGUUCUUGAGUUGGCCACACUGUUACCUAACCCCCAGAAGCAGAAAGAGCUGAUUGAUGCCUACAAUGUUCAUACGGCAAACAGUGCUGCAAAAGAGAAUGGUUGGAGUAAUGGCAUAAAAAAUGGCAAUGCGUCCAAAAAAGGUAAAGACAAAGGCAAGUCUGUAGAUUCAGGCAACAACACUGUUAAAAGCAAUUUAGCUGAUAAUGUUAUAAAAACUGUAAAAGAAUUACAGUCAAGCUACAAAGUAUCAGAAGAAGAGGUUGAAGUUUUGUCCAAGGACGGAUAUCGAGGUUCCAAGGGCAAAUCAAAAGUUAAGAUUGAUGAUUCGACAGUAGAGUUGAGUGGGCCAGGUGGUGAAUUCACAAAACUCAAAAGCCAGAAUGAGUUACUAUCUGCUGGUGGUGGGGCUAGUAAGAAUUCAAGUAAUGAUGGUGAUGGGAAAAGUAAGCAACGAAAGAAAACGUCCAAGUUUCACAGAGUUCGCCUUGGUGAUGGCUCUAUUGAAGCACUCUUGGAUCUUAAAAAUACUGAACAUGAUUCAGAUCCUGGUCCAAAUUCUAAGGAUGGGGAAAAUACUUCUGGGGAAAGUGUGCCUGUUCGUGGGGUAUGGAAAAAUGGUGGUGGACAGAAGCUGCUGGGAAUGACUUCUAGAGGGACUAAAAAGUGAGCGUCUCUAAAGAGAGGCAGUUACAAUGUGCAGAAACAGAGGUCAACUAUUUUUGUCAUGUUCAGUUGUAGACUUGGUUGGUUACAAGAUCAACUUGGCUGCUGUUUUGUUUGAUUGGUGUGCGGUGGUGGAGUAUUUCUCUUCCAAGGAGGGAGCAAUGUUUUCGACUGAAGCAGUUUUUUUAUGCUUUCAUGAGGUUUUGAUUUGGUUAUCUGCUUCACAUACUUGUAAUUUUGAUUUAAGCAAAAAGUAUGUAGAGGUAAGUGGAUAGUGCUUACCUCAUAUUAAUUUACGUGAUCAGAAGAAGUUACGUUCUUUUAUCCUUUUUCUU